AUGGACAAUAACAAUUUAAUUCAAUGUUGCUGCGGAAGGUUCUGCAAAAGUCGCAAGGGAUUAAAAAUGCACCAACGUUCGUGCAAAACACAUAAACAACUUCAAUUAACUAACGAUGAGGAAAACGCCGUCGUAACAUCAACCCCGAAGUCGCCAUCACCUUCGCCAUCGUCGGAUGUUCAACAACAACCUACGACAUCAAGCCACCAGACACUACAAAAUGUUGAAAACACUGAAAUGCCUCUCCUUGGAAUCAGACUUCCACGAAACCCUGCUCAAUGGCUUGAGGCCAACGCGUAUUUUUAA